AUGUCUACAAAUACUAUCGGUUGGACAAUUGAUGAUUGGAAAAAUUUACAUUUCAAUUCAACACCAGAUAAAUCAUUUCAAAUUUUAUUAAAUUUAUUAAAUUCACAACAAAUAGCACCAAAAGAUCCUGCUUGGAUUUCAUUAGCUUCAGAAGAAAAUUUAAAACAUCAAUGGGAUUUUUUACAAUCAAAAUCAAAUAAAACAAAAUUACCAUUAUAUGGUGUACCUAUUGCAGUAAAAGAUAAUAUAGAUGUUAAAGGAUUUGAAACUACUGCUGCAUGCCCUUCUUAUUCAUAUAAACCAGAAAAUGAUGCAACAACAGUAAAAUUAUUAAGAGAUUCAGGUGCAAUAAUUAUUGGAAAAACUAAUUUAGAUCAAUUUGCAACUGGAUUAGUAGGUACUAGAUCUCCAUAUGGAAUAACUCCAAAUACUUUUAAUUCAAAAUAUGUUAGUGGUGGAUCAUCAGCAGGUUCAGCUUCAGUUGUUGCAAGAGGUAUAGUUCCAGUUUCAUUAGGUACUGAUACUGCAGGUUCAGGUAGAGUACCAGCUGCUCUUAAUAAUAUAAUAGGUUUAAAACCAACAAAGGGAGUAUUUUCAUGUAAUGGAGUUGUACCAGCUUGUAAAUCAUUAGAUUGUGUUUCCAUUUUUGCAUUAAAUUUACAAGAUGCUCAAUUAACAUUUAAUAUCAUGGCUCAAGAAGAUGGUGAUAAUGAUGAAUAUUCAAGACCAAUGCCUAUAAAUCCAUUACUUAAAUUUUCAAAAAAACCAAAAAUUGCAAUUCCUUCAAAUUUAAUAUGGUGUGGAGAAACUGAAAAUCCUACUUUAUAUAAUAAAGCAGUUGAAAUAUUAAGUGAUAAAGUUGGAGCCGAAUUAAUUUCAUUAGAUAUUGAACCAUUACUUGAUUUAGCUAAAUGUUUGUAUGAAGGACCUUGGGUAACAGAAAGAUAUGUUGCAGUAAAAGAUUUCCUAGCAACAAAUCCACCAUCAAAAGAUUUAGAUCCAACUGUAUUAAAAAUUAUAAAGGGAGGAGAAAAUUAUUCAGCAGCUUCAUGUUUUCAAUAUGAAUAUAAAAGACAGGGUAUACUACAAAAAGUUAAAAAAUUAUUAAAAGAUAUUGAUGUGAUUGUUGUACCUACAGCUCCUUUAAAUCCAACUAUUGAACAAGUUCAAAAAGAACCAAUUAAAAUAAAUUCAUGUCAAGGAACUUAUACAAAUUUUGUUAAUUUAGCAGAUAUGUCAGCAUUAGCUAUUCCAGCAGGAUUUAGAAAAGAUGGUCAACCAUUUGGAAUUACUUUAUUAUCUCAUAAAUUUAAUGAUUAUGCAUUAUUGGAAUUAGCAAGUCGAUAUUUAAAACCUUAUGCUGAGACAGUACCUCAUUUUUAUGGAUCAUUGAAAAAUAAAUUAAUUGAUUCAACUAUUCAUGAUGAAUUAAAUUCUAAUGUACCUUCAAAAACUCCACAAGAACAAAUCAAAUUAGCUGUUGUUGGUGCUCAUCUAAAAGGAUUUCAAUUACAUUGGCAAUUAGAAGCUGUUGAUGCAAGAUUUGUUGAAUCUACUACUACUUCAUCUAAUUAUAAAUUAUAUGCAUUACCUAAGACUGGACCAGUUGCAAAACCAGGUUUAAGAAGAGUUUCAGAAGGUGGGGAAAAAAUAGCUAUAGAAAUAUAUUCAAUACCGAAAGAAAAAUUUGGUCAAUUCAUAAGUUAUGUACCUGAACCAUUGGGGAUUGGAUCAGCUGAAACAUCUUCAGGUGAAUGGGUUAAAUCUUUUAUUUGUGAAGAAUCAGGUUAUAAUCUUCCAGGAACAGUUGAUAUUACAUCUUUUGGAGGUUGGAAAAAUUAUCAAGAACAUUUAACAAUUGAAAACAAAAAGCAUAAAAAGCCAUUUAAUUCAGUACUUGUUGCCAAUAGAGGUGAAAUUGCCGUAAGAAUCAUCAAAACUUUGAAAAAAUUAGGUAUCAAAUCAAUAGCCAUUUAUUCAGAUCCAGAUAAAUAUGCUCAACAUUCAUUAUUAGCUGAUGUUGCUAUUCCAUUACAUGGAACAACUGCUGCUCAAACAUAUAUUGAUAUUGAUAAAGUCAUAAAAGCUGCUAAAGAUUCAGGUGCAGAAGCUAUUAUACCAGGUUAUGGAUUUUUAUCAGAAAAUGCUGAUUUCUCAGAUCGUUGUGGAAAAGAAGGAAUUGUUUUUGUUGGACCAUCUGGAGAUGCAAUUAGAAAAUUAGGUUUAAAACAUUCAGCUAGAGAAAUUGCUGAAAAAGCAGGUGUUCCAUUAGUUCCAGGAUCAGGAUUAGUUAAAGAUGCUAAAGAAGCAAAAGAAAUUGCAGCUAAAUUAGAAUAUCCAAUUAUGGUUAAAUCUACUGCAGGUGGUGGUGGUAUUGGAUUACAAAAAGUUGAUUCCGAAAAAGAUAUAGAAAGAGUUUUUCAAACUGUUCAACAUCAAGGAUUAUCAUAUUUUGGAGAUUCAGGAGUAUUUUUAGAAAGAUUUGUUGAAAAUGCAAGACAUGUUGAAAUUCAAAUGUUAGGGGAUGGUUUUGGAAAUGCUAUAGCAGUUGGAGAAAGAGAUUGUUCAUUACAAAGAAGAAAUCAAAAAAUUAUUGAAGAAACUCCUGCACCUGAUUUACCUGAAUCAACAAGACAAAAAAUGAGAAAAGCAGCUGAAAGUUUAGGUUCAUCAAUGCAUUAUAAAUGUGCUGGUACAGUUGAAUAUAUUUAUGAUCCAAAAAGAGAUGAAUUUUAUUUUUUAGAAGUUAAUGCAAGAUUACAAGUUGAACAUCCAAUAACAGAAAUGGUAACUGGUUUAGAUUUAGUAGAAUGGAUGCUUUUAAUUGCUGCUAAUACUCCACCAGAUUUUAAUCAAAAAAUUGAAAUUAAAGGUGCAUCAAUGGAAGCAAGAUUAUAUGCUGAAAAUCCAGUAAAAGAUUUUAUGCCAUCACCAGGUCAAUUAACUGAAGUAAAAUUUCCUAAAUGGGCUAGAAUAGAUACUUGGGUUGAAAAAGGUACUGUUGUUUCUGCUGAAUAUGAUCCAACUUUAGCUAAAAUUAUUGUUCAUGGUAAAGAUAGAAAUGAUGCUUUGAAAAAAUUACGUCAAGCAUUAGAUGAAACUGUUGUUUAUGGUUGUAUUACAAAUGUUGAUUAUCUUAGAUCAAUUGCAAAUUCAAAAAUGUUUGAAGAAGCUAAAGUUGCAACUAAAGUAUUAGAUUCAUAUGAUUAUAAACCUCAUGCUAUUGAAAUUUUAAAUCCAGGUGCUUAUACUACAGUUCAAGAUUAUCCAGGUAGAAAAGGUCAUUGGAAUGUUGGUGUUCCACCUUCAGGUUGUAUGGAUCAAUAUUCAUUUAGAAUAGCUAAUAGAAUAGUUGGUAAUGAUAGUUCAGCUCCAGGUAUUGAAAUUACAUUAAAUGGUCCAAAAUUAUUAUUUCAUCAAGAAUGUGUUAUAGCAGUAACUGGUGGUAAAGCUCCAAUUGAAGUUAAUGGUGAAAAAACAAAUCAAUGGGAACCAAUUAAUAUUAAAAGUGGUGAUAAAUUAUCUAUUGGUAAAUUAGAAACUGGUUGUCGUGCUUAUUUAGCUAUUAGAGGUGGAAUUGAUGUUAUUGAAUAUUUAGGUUCAAGAUCAACUUUUGCAUUAGGUAAUUUAGGUGGUUAUAAUGGUAGAGUAUUAAAAUUAGGUGAUGUUUUAUUUUUAGGUCAACCAGAAAUUUCAAGUUGUACAAUUCCAAGUCCAAUUUCAGCACCAACUAAAAUUCCAUCAAGUUUAAUUCCAAAUUAUGAACAUAAAAUAUGGCAAGUAGGUGUUACUUGUGGACCUCAUGGAUCACCUGAUUUUUUCAAACCUGAAUCAGUUGAUGAAUUUUUUAAAUCUACUUGGAAAGUUCAUUAUAAUUCAAAUAGAUUUGGUGUUAGAUUAAUUGGUCCAAAACCAAAAUGGGCAAGAUCAGAUGGUGGAGAAGCUGGUUUACAUCCUUCAAAUACUCAUGAUUAUGUGUAUUCAAUGGGUGCAGUUAAUUUUACAGGAGAUGAACCAGUUAUAUUAACUUGUGAUGGUCCAAGUUUAGGUGGAUUUGUUUGUGAAGCUGUUGUUGCUGAAUCUGAAUUAUGGAAAAUUGGUCAAGUUAAACCAGGUGAAUCUAUACAAUUUAUUCCAAUAACUUAUGAAACUGCUAAACAAUUAAAAGCACAACAAGAAGAAGAUAUCAAAACAUUAAAGGGAGAUUUACCCAAUUUAGAAGGCAAAGCAUUAAAUAAACCUGAAAAUCCAAUACUUUAUCAAUUAAAAGUUUCUGAAAAUGCUCCAACUGUUACUUAUCGUCAAGCUGGUGAUAGAUAUAUUUUAGUUGAAUAUGGAGAUAAUAUUCUUGAUUUAAAUAAAGCUUAUAGAAUUCAUAAAUUAGUUGAAAUGGUAAAAGAAUUUAAACCAAAGGGAAUAUAUGAAUUAUCACCUGGUGUUAGAUCAGUUUUAGUUGAAUAUACUGAUGAUAUUAGUCAAAAAGAAGCUUUAAAUAUAUUAGUAUCAUAUGAAAAAGAAAUUGCAUUUGUUAAUAAAUGGGAAGUUAAAUCAAGAAUUAUUAAAUUACCAAUGGCAUUUGAAGAUAAAAAGACAUUAGAUGCUGUAAAAAGAUAUCAAGAAACUAUUAGAAGUGAAGCUCCUUGGUUACCAAAUAAUGUUGAUUUUAUUGCAAAUAUUAAUGGAAUUACAAGAAAUGAUGUUAAAGAUAUGUUAUAUACUGCUAGAUUUUUAGUAUUAGGAUUAGGUGAUGUAUUUUUAGGAGCUCCAUGUGCUGUUCCAUUAGAUCCAAGACAUAGAUUUUUAGGUACUAAAUAUAAUCCUUCAAGAACUUUUACACCAAAUGGUACUGUUGGAAUUGGUGGUAAUUAUAUGUGUAUAUAUACAAUGGAAUCUCCAGGUGGUUAUCAAUUAGUUGGUAGAACAAUUCCAAUAUGGGAUAAAUUAACAAUAGCAGAUCAUUCACAAGAUUCAAAACAUCCUUGGUUAUUAUCACCAUUUGAUCAAAUUGAAUUUUAUCCAGUAAAUGAAGAAGAAAUUGAUAAAUUUUCGGAAGAAAUGAAUGCAGGUAAAUUUAAAGUUGAAAUUAUAGAUUCUAUAUUUGAUCAUGGAAAAUAUUUACAAUGGAUUCAAGAAAAUUCAGAAUCAAUUGAAUCAUUUAAAAAAUCUCAAAUUGGUGAUAAAUUAGAAGAAUUUAAUAAAUUAAUUCAAAUUUCAAAUUCUGAAUUAGAACAAAAUGGUUCAAAAAUUCAAGAAAUUGAAAAAUUUGAUGAUAAUGCUGAAAUGGUUUAUUCUGAAUAUUCAGGUAGAUUUUGGAAAUCUUUAGUUUCAGUUGGUGAUAAAGUUGAAUUAAAUCAACCUUUAAUUGUUGUUGAAGCUAUGAAAACUGAAAUGGUUGUUAAUGCUCCAAGAGAAGGAAAAGUUGUUAAAAUAUAUCAUAAAAAUGGUGAUAUGGUUGAUGCAGGUGAUUUGGUUGUAGUUUUAGAGUAA